GGCCGUGGCCGCAGCAUGAGGAGGUAGUGCCAACCGUGACUGGACUGAACCAAUCAGAGGGAAAGGAAGGUGGGCGUCAAACAAUUCACCGGCCAUCGUUAAGGAGACUAGUCUGGACGAUGCGUUACAUCACUAAGCGCAUUGGUUGUGUUUCGCAUAUUUUACGUUUCGUCGAUGCUGCUAGUGCUGACCAGCGCCGACCCUGCAGGGAAAGGUUGGGUGGGGCAUAUUAGCAUCCGCUACUCGUUUCGCCAUCGCCGACGACCGAUGAGAACGGCCCAAGACCCCCAGAUGAAGGACUACAGCAGACAGACUAUGGAGAAGAGUGAAGACCGCGUGUUCUGCCCCUCGAAGAGACUGCUGAAAAACCACCAUCGACAUUAGUAGACCCAGACUCCCGACCUGCCCCACCGCAAUGAGCAGACUGGCGGCGGUGAAAAAACGACAACGCGAGCAGCAUCAGCAGCAGCGUCGGGCUCGACGAUGCAUCCGCUGUUCGGAGGCGGGGCCUGCCGUUGGCCCGGCUGCGAACGCGUGUUUGACGAGUUCAACGACUUCUACAGCCACCUGCACUCGGACCACAUCAACGGUGACUACUCGGCCGCACAGGCCCGUAUCCAGAUGGAGGUCGUCUGCCAGCUCCAUCUGCAGCUGCAGAAGGAGCGUGACCGGCUGCAGGCGAUGAUACUGCAUCUGAACAAGAAGAACGAGAUGAUGCGCACACCGACGACCACCACCGCUGCUGCCGUCCUGUUCGGUGGCCAGUUUCUGACCCAGCUCGCCGUAACCGUCCCACCAUUGCAACCGCCUCCUCCACCACCACCACCACCCCCAACACCCCCACCGCCGCCAACGGUACCAUCAAAUCAUCAUCAUCACCGAGGGGGAGCACCGGUGCCGUCACAGCCACAACCACUACCUUCCUCAUCGUACGCGGGGCCGGGGGGCACGGUCAGCGCAACCACCAGCACCGUCGUCACCCCGUUCGAGCUGAUCGCGGGUUUGCGCUUCCCGGCCGAUAUGGAGGCGGUCGCUGUGACAGCCGGUGCACCCACUUUGCUGCUACCGUCGGCUGCCACCGAUUGCUAUGUCGGCGAUAGCAAGCUGACCGCUCACCACCACCAAUCUCACCAUCACCACCAGCAGCAGCAGUAUCCGCACCGUCAGAUACCGGAUACCGGGGUGAUCGGACCGGUCGGUGGAAUGACGGCGGUGGCGGCUAGGGCGCCCGGUUCCAAUGCGCACCAGCACGUCAGCUCACGACAGCAGCAGCAGCAGCACUCACCGAGUGCGUCAUUAGGUAGUGGAUCGAAAGCGGAUGCCAACGGAGCCGGUAACGCCCCUAAUGAGGGACCACCCCCUCCAAUGGUCACCACCACUACCAGCUCCAAAUCAUCGGCCAAAUCGGGGGGUGGAGGUGCCGGUCAAAGCAGACCAAAAUACUUCUCACCGCAGGAUGGCGAAGAACUCAACUAUCCGGACGUGCAAGACGAUGUACACAAGAACCGGGAGUUCUACCGCAGCCACGAUGUGCGUCCACCAUUCACCUACGCCUCGUUAAUAAGACAGGCCAUUAUCGAGUCGCCGGAAAAGCAGCUGACGCUGAACGAGAUCUACAACUGGUUCCAGAACACGUUUUGCUACUUCCGGCGCAACGCAGCCACGUGGAAGAAUGCGAUCCGGACGAACCUGUCGCUGCACAAGUGCUUCGUGCGGUACGAAGACGAUUUCGGAUCGUUCUGGAUGGUGGACGACCACGAGUUCCUGAAGCGGCGCCACUUGUCGCGGGGUCGGCCGCGCAAGUACGAUAUCUCGAUGCCACCAGCGACCGAGCAGGAGGACUCACCUGACACCUCGUCCCAUACUACAACCGACCAUGCAACUGGCAGUUGUGUUGGGCAGAUGGUAGCAGCAGCAGGAGCAGCAGGAUCUGGAGCAGUAUCACAACAACCAGCAUCAUCACAGGGCCCGGAAGUAGGCACUAACGCUGGCACCAAUGGGGGGCUGCUGGCAGGUGACCUUAGUCCGAGCGUCGUGUGCGGUCCACCGUACAGUGACGAGUAUGGGCGGUUGCGGCGAAUGCAAGCAGCAAGUGAGGCGGCCGCCACCUCCGGUGCGACAGAGCACAAGCUUUUGACACACGGUGCUGGUAUCUUCGCAGCACGGUUGUUGAAAAGGAACAACGAGUACAGUAGAGGGUAACGAGAUGCUCUAGUGGCACGACGAACAAAAGAACAAGAGCUGGAUCGUGCCUUGCCCUUCCCUCUCCCUUCCCCCGGCAACCUUUGGAUUUAGUGAUUUUGUUUUGGUUUUGGGCUGCAUGCAACCUGUUCUCUUUUCCUACAGUUUCAUUCAAUCGACAAACGACUCCCCGCCUUCGACUCUAGGAUUCUCUAGGAAAUGAACACACGUGGCACCCUAGCCUACGACUAAUACUUAUCUACUAAUGCUGCUCUACCCUUCUAUUUUGAUGAGCCAGGUGCUACUGCCUUCAGCUCCGUUUUGUGGCCAACGGAAAUUUGGUCUUUGAAUUUCUAGCUCAAUGGUUAUUCAGUUAUACGGUACUAUGUUUAUUGUUGAUUGUUUGCGUGUGGUUCAGGCCACCUUGCAUUAGCCAUCCAUUUCUCUCCGUUUUCUUAGCCUAUAGUUACAGUGCACGCCAUUUGGAGUUUACAGGAGCGAUGACCUGGCGUUCAGCAUCCGUUCAAUAUUGGACUGUGGUCGGCUGGCGAGCACUUUCGCUUUCGUCUCCUUUUCAGAUCCGCAAAAUUCAAGACGCCCCGCAUGUUGCCGUAGACAGCAGUAGGAGGACAUAGGGAUUUUUCCUUUUAAAAUUCAACAGCCCGGGGGGUGGGCGCAAUGGGCCUAGUGGCAAAU